AUGUGGAGUGCCCGUGUGUACUUUGGUCGUGUUUCAUAUGUUUGUCAUCAUUUUGUCCGCAAUAUAAGUACAGAAACAAGCAAGAAGAUGCGAUUUGUGCAGUUUGAAGUGAAUGGUGCACAGAAGGUUGGUGUGGAAUUAUCCGAUGGAGGUGACAUUGUCGACUUAAAUGAAGCCGACAAAGAAAUUCCACACGAUCUAAGAAGCUUCAUUGCGGGAGGACAGGCUCAGUUGUUGAGGGCCAAGAGCGCUGUAGAGAGUGGACACCACAUCAUGAAACGAGAUGGUGUCCGGCUGCUUGCUCCUAUUACAGCCCCUGAGAAGGUCAUCUGCAUCGGCAUGAACUACAUAGACCACUGCAAAGAACAAAACGCCCCUGUCCCAGUGGAGCCAGUGAUAUUCAGCAAGUUUGCCAGUGCCAUUGUUGGACCCUAUGAUGAUCUGCAGUACUGUGACGAAACACAGGAACUGGACUGGGAGGUGGAGAUGACAAUUGUCAUCGGGAAGACUGGAAGACAUAUUAAGAGGGAGGACGCCAUGAGUCACGUGUUUGGCUUCACCGUGGCACACGAUGUCAGUGCCCGAGACUGGCAGAUGAAGAAAAAUGGCGGCCAGUGGCUUCUGGGUAAAACAAUGGACUGUUUCUGUCCUCUCGGGCCGGCUGUCGUCAUGAAGGAAGAUAUCAAGGAUCCCCACAAUCUGCGACUGUGGUGUAAGGUGAAUGGGGUGACCAAGCAGGACAGCACUACCAGUAAUCUUGUCCACAAGACAGAGGAGCUGCUGGUGUUUCUGUCAAGGUUCCUCACUCUGAGACCAGGAGAUAUCAUCCUAACAGGAACUCCCCCUGGUGUUGGAGUUUUCAGGAAACCCCCAGAGUUCCUUAAGAGAGGAGACGUUGUUGAAUGUGGAAUUGAAGAUAUUGGCAAAACCAUCAACAAUGUUGUUUGAGACAGAAUAUAACAUCUUAAUGGAAAAUUCAGUAUUGCUGGAUGACAGGGUCUUUUACUUUGAAACAGCUUGUCUAUGUAUACAAUCAGAUUCAUUCCAGUUAUUCAGAUGCAUGCUUAACUCAGGUGUGUUGAAUAUUUGCAUAAAAUAUCCAGUACAAAUUUGAUUUUAUCAACUGACCACUAAGUUACUUGUGUACAAAUAUGCAUGAAAGAUUUUGUAGUAUUACUGCACUGGGCAGGAGUACACAAUGUUUCUUUUCAACAGAGGUGCCUAUUUUCCUUUAAAGAUCAUAUAAUUUUACGAUCAAAUGCAAGCACAGUAGUUAUGUGAGACUCGCUAAUUGGUACAUGUAAUUACACCUGUAUAUGUUGCAGUUGUGAGUUUAACCAACAUAUUACACUCUUGGAGCUUAUGUGACAGAUACAAAUAAAAAGUCACCUGAAACAGAAUUUUGAGAAGAAUUUUUUUAACUAAUUGGUCUCUGGGGAGUAGAUCAAUGCUCAGGAUGUUGACCACUGGAUUGUCUUGUCCAGAUUCGAUCAUUUACAGACUGCUGCCAUAUAGCAGGAAUAUUGCUGAGUGCGGCAUUAUACAGCAAACAUGGGAGUUGAAAUACCAAAA